CGCAGAGGAAUCCAGAUCCCACCUUCGCCAUGGAGAAGUGCUGUUCUGAGUGUUCAGAGCCCAGGAUGGCUCAGAGCUUGUGCACCUUCUGCAACAAGUGGCUGUGUUUCCAGUGCACAGACCUGCAUCAGCACGAGAGAAGCUCCAGUCAACCAUUCGACCUACAGCACCAGCCGCGAGACCCUCCAUCACCAUCUGAAAUAGGAGCUGGUUGCUGCGGGCAUGCAGUGGUCAUGUGUUCCCUCCACAAACAGGAGCCUCUGGAACUCCUGUGUGAAACGUGCGACCUCAUGGCCUGUAGCAUCUGUCACCUGUCCGCCCACAAAGACCAUCGACUGGUGCAUGUUGGGAAAGCUCUGCAAGACCAGCGCUGGCUCCUGCAGAACCUCAUGGCCCGAGUGGAGGAAAAGAGAUCUGCUGUGGAGAGCAGCGCUAAACAGAUCCAGGGCAGGCUCCAUGGUAUAAAGAUCACGCAGAGGAAGGCAGAGAACCAGAUAAAAAUGGCUAAGAUGAUUAUGAUGAACGAGCUUAACAAAAGGGCCAACCUAUUAAUAGAACAACUGGAGAGUAUCUCCAGCGAUUUCAAGCAACGACUGGAGGACCAGCUGCAGGGGGCCAUAGAGCUGUGCAGCCAGCUGGAACGCGUUCAGAACUUCAUUACCUGGGCUACAGCCCACCACAGACGCAAUCCACUGCUAUUCAGCAAAGAGCUGAUUGCUCUUCAGAUGCAGCAAUUACUGGAACCACUGAUGCUCUCAGAGGCUUGGACCCAGUUGAAAAUCAAGUUUAACUGGGAUGCCAGCUUCUGGACCAAGCAGAUGUCCACUUUAGGUCAGCUGGUUGUUGAUGGUGGAAGUCGUUCAUACUCAGAGGUUGUGGGUCAUCCCAGUAUCCUGCGACCCCAGCCUGUCCCAUGCAUAGCAAUACCUCCUCUGUGCCAUGCAGUGCAUGACCCUGGCUGCGCCUGCCAGACCUUCUGCCAGCCCCAGCUCUGCUGCCUUCACUGCAGACCCACUCAGUCCAUCUCUUUGGAUAAAUUCCCUGCUCAAUGUCCUCAGGCCACCAGGCGGAGCUCCCCGCCGUCCCUUCACAGCUGCUGGGAGGCUGAUGCAUCUGUCCCAGGGCAUCCACCAGGAGCUCAGCCUAUACAGCCGUCCACCUCACACCCUGGAUCUGAGCUUGUCCAGCAUGGAGUCAGCUCAGCUUCACCUAGACAGCCAGUCGGAUCCAACAACCAUCCGCUCCCUGCUAAUUCCAACCAAGCUGCCAUGGAUGGCAGAAACUCUGCACCAGGCCAGGCUCCCUGUGAAAGAGAGCAAACAUCUGCACAUGAAGCAACCACAGGGCAAGAAGCAUCACCAGACAGAGAGCUGCUGCAGGUCCACAAUCAGGCUCAAGUGCAGAUGAAUACAGAAACCAGCAACCAGCCUAUGAUUGAACUGCAGCCUAUCAUUGCUCGCAUCAGUGACGACAGGAGAUCCUCAGCGCUGGAGACAUUCACGCUGGCUCAAGGCCGAGGAGGUAACGGCCAGAGCCGUUCCGGUUCAAAGAGGGCUUCCAGGUCUCAGAGCACCUCAAAAGGACCCAGAGGACCUCGUAAAAGUCUGUGUAAAGCCAGGAUGAACAGGGCUGCUCAUAGCCUGGCAACAGUGGCAGGGGACCAGGGAUGUACAACACAGCAGCAGGUCUGUGCACAACCCGAUGCUUCUGAGAUGAUCCCAGGACACACUGCAUCCUCUCUGACCAACUACAAGUCUGAACCAGAUAACGUUUAUGCAUAUGCCUAUGAAAACAGAAAACAGAAAACCAGAAAGAAGAAAAGAUUGUCUCGAGAGGAUCCGGAUAGCAGUGACAAAGAAGCCUCCGAUGGUUCGAAGGUUCCAGUUGUGUGUCUUGAGCGACUCAAGAUCCUAGUGUCACGACAUCCUCCGCAGAACCAUCAGGGCACAGACCUUACUUCUCAAACUGAGCCUGGACUCAAACCUGAAGAAACUGUCUACAGGGUGCUAGAGAGAAAGGUCACUUCUCAGGGAACUUUGGAUAAGGAGUCAGUUCAGACAGAGGACAGCGUGUCACCCACAGAGCAGCUAUCACCAGAGUCAUCUGGCUCCCUUGAGGUUUCUCAGCCUCCUGUGCAAGAAUUUUGCAACAUAACCCAAGAGUCCGGGGUACUAGCCAUCUCCAAUGAUUCAGAUCCAGUCUUACAACCUGACACUGAAGAAAUAGACUCCCCAUCUGAACUCAGAUCAGUGACAGGUUCUGAUUUCCAAACUGAAUCCAUAAGAGAGGCCGAACUGGGCUCGGAUGCAGACGUGGAAUCGGAGCUCCUGCAGGAUUCAGAUCCGAGCUCCCAAUCUGAACUGCAGGUCGAAUUUGAAUCGGAUGUGAUUUCGGAGCAGCCUUCUGAAUCGGCGCUCUCAGCUUCUGAACAAGAAUUUGAAUCGGAUCCAGAUUCCACAGCCGAAGUGACUCUGAAUCUUGAACCGGAGUCUGAAUGGGAAGCCGAGCAGCCGGUUCUCCCACCUGUCUCCGGCUCUGAGACUGUAUCAGAACCUGCAGCUGAAAGCCCUGAGAUAGAGAAUGAGGACUUCUGUGCGGUCUGUCUCAUCGGAGGAGACCUUCUCUGCUGUGACCGUUGCCCCAAGGUCUUUCACCUGUCAUGCCAUGUCCCCCCUCUCCAUAGUUUCCCCAUAGGCGACUGGAUUUGCACCCUGUGCAGGGAUGUGGAGCAGCCAGAGGUGGAAUAUGACUGUGAGAGUGACCAGAUGUCCACAGCUUUGCUGGCAUAUGGGCUGUCGGCGUGUGACCAGAGGAAAUGCGAGAAGCUGACGCUACUGAUCCUCAGCAACAUUCUCAGCGCCCCGUUCCACGAGCCUGUCAGCCCUCUGGCCCGUCAUUAUUAUCAGAUCAUCAAGAAACCCAUGGAUUUGUCUGUCAUUCGGAACAGGCUGAGCAGAACCGGCAACACACACUAUCGUUCCCCGCAAGAGUUUGUGGCUGAUGUCCUGCUCAUGUUCAAAAACUGUGCCAAGUUCAACUACCCGGACUCAGAGGUGGCUCAGGCAGGCCAUAGUCUACAGUCCUUUUUUACAUCCAAACUGAGGGAGGUUUUCCCAGAUCUGACCUGCCCUGUCCAGGAGGAGGAGGACUCAGACAAUGAGGAUCAUGAGGAGCUGCAGAGAGCCAUGGUGACUGGAUUUCCCUGGCCAGAGAGAAAAGAGCAGAGCCACAGGAAGAGGAAGAGAAGGCACUCCCUCAACUGGAGGAGAAAUCACUAUUAGAUGUGCCUCUCUCUCUCUCUCUCUCUCUCUCUCUCUCUCUCUCUCUCUAUAUAUAUAUAUAUAUAUAUAUACAUGUACAGAGACAUUUGACCAACUUGCUCUUAGUUUUCCAUCCUGGUUGACUUGCUUUUGUAAGAUUCAUGUUGAAAUACAGUACAUGCUUUUUCUGAGGACUAAUCUCACACAUUAUAUCCUGUUAAUGUGUUAUGCUGUUAUCUGUAGCUGUGGGUAGGUGUUGAUAUAAGCCUAUAUCUCCAGAUUUCGCCUAAGGUCUUGCACUAGUAUUUAUUCCAGCGCUUAUACUUACAUGAAAUUGUACAAUCAAUUUGAUAGCUGACUGGUUGCUGGCAACUGCUAUUUAGUAAAUAUAUAGAUAAGCAACAUUCACUGGUAAUAUUAUACAAUAUAAUUGCUCUAAAUUUCCUUCCUCUUUUUAUCCAAAUAUCCCUUGUAAUGAGGUACUUUCUUCCAGCUGUUUUACUGUGAUGAUUUUAUUGACCUGUAGAGGGAGCACUUCAUAUAGCCCAUGGCAACACAUUAGUUCAUAUUGGACUUUUUCAGCGGCAGGAGGAUGUGCGUAAUGUGACUGAAACCCACAAACCCUUUUUAGAAUUAAAGAGGGAUAAUAUUAGGCUGUUGCUACACAACUGUGAUGUUUUAAAUGAAUCUUUUAAUUGCGCAUUGACUAAUGAGACAAAAUAAGU